AUGCUCAAACAUGCUACUGAUGUUGAACGUGCGCAUGCAUAUUUUCUAGAGCGAGCUAGAGUAGCUAAACUUAUGGAAAUGGCACAGAUUGAUAAUAAUGAAGAAGUAUUAUCUCCAGCAACUAUUAGUCCAAUACCACCAACUCGCAAAAAGUUGAAGUCCUACACAACACAAUUUCAUGAUGACACAGAUUUAAAUGAAACAAGUAGUAAUAUGACAAUUGCAAAACGUGCUCGUCGUGAAUUAAAAAUCUAUUUACAACUGAAUUUAACUAAUUGUAAAUGUUUAAAUGAUGAUAUUGACAAUCCAUUGUUGUUCUGA